AUGCCUUUGGCAGAUUCCUGGAGUGUGCUGAAGGAGAUUUGGUUCAAGGACGAGCAUGUUGAUCCUGUGUUCGAAGGAGUCGUCCGGGACUUCUGUGCCUUUGACGCGGCCCUGUCCACGGUGUACAGCCAGGUGCAAGCCUACAUGAAAGGUGUGGAACAACUGUCGGAGGGAAUGUCGGUGCUGGCUGAUGGAAUACACUCAGUACUGAGCCAUGGUGCCGAGUCUCAGACAACCUCGGACAGCUGUAAGUUCAAGGAGGCUAGCAACCAGAUCGCCCGCGCAGAUGCGCCUCACAGUGCUGUUGCAAAGCUUCGCCGAGACAUGGCCUUCAACAUUCUCACUCCGAUGCAGAGUCACAUGGCCAACAACCGCCAGCUAAAGACGAACCUGGAGAUCCGGCAGCGCCGGCUAGUGGAGCUUCAGGCGGCCAAGAGGAGCUUCGAGGAGGCGAAGAAGAAUCACUCUGAGAGGGAUCCCCGGCACAUUGAGGCACGAAUGAACUUUGAGAAUGCAAAGCGGAUAUUCAUUCAGAUUGAUCGACAUGUCUUCGAGUGGCUAUACAUCCUCCAAGAGUACAGGGGAGACAUUCUGGACUCCACCUUGCAGACUCUGAAGUGA